ACUUUGGCCUCAAUAACAAAGUCAUCUAUUAACUGCACAAUUUAUCACCCUGCACCUCUGCCAUACCUUCUCGAUUUUAUUCUUUCAGACAGCCAUGAAUUCACUUCCCCCACUUUCUCCAACACACUUUUCCCUUUUCCCUUUAAUAUUUGCACGUAGCAACAUAUACAAAUUCUUUUUGGCCAUUACAAUUCUAGUAAAUCUUUUCAUAUCUUCUUGUUUCCAGCCGCUCAAUUCCAUUGCAUCAAGCCCCAGACUCGGGAGAGAGGAUUUGUGUAUAUGGGUAUUAUUAAUAAUAGCAAUUACAGCAGCAGUAACAGGAAAUAUUAUUUCUCACCCCAAGGGAAGAUGGCGUCACUCGGGUAUUUUCUAGUGAUGCUGGCAGCGACGAUGGUGAACACUGCAACCGCUGUUAGUCAAGAAGUGGGAGGACCCGUGGAGCAGGUGGGCGUGUUGGUGGGUCAGGUGGUGGAGUACCAUCUCACCGGCUGUCACCUGGUGCUCAUCACCACCACAAAACACUCACACAUAUUCACUAAUAUAGUCAGACACUUGGGUGUGGCGGCUGUCGUGGUUGUGGAGGCAGGGUGGGUGUUGUCCCAGGACCAGCUGACCCAGGACCACCUCCUGCAGGAGCUGUGGGGAGACACCAGAACCACCUGCCGGGCCCUCAUCCUUGAUCUCACUGCCAACAACAGUGUUGACCUCGUCUUCAGAUUGUUAGAGUCGUCAGGUUUGUGGCAGUUGUCUGAGACUCGAGUGUUAGUGGUGGGUGAGAAUGAAGGGGUGGAAGAAGUUUUGUUCCAUCGUCAUCUCCGCAACAUCGUCCACGCCUUUUACCUGGCCCUCCAAAAUCUUACCAGUCACACCUUACCUUUCCUCGGAAACUCACGCCUCAGGAUAAUUCUCCCACAGGAAACAGCAUCAGUGAGUGAGCGUGUGUGGGUGUACCGGCGGUGUCUGUACUGCAACAAUGGGGAGGCGGACGUCCAACUUAUCCACAAGUGGAACCUCACCUCCCUUCCCUAUCAUACUGCUGACCUCUUCUUUCAGGAACAGUUUCUUAACUUCAUGGGCCUCAAGAUCCAGUUCUCAAUUCUACGUUACUUCCCAUACACGGAUUACACACCAGGCAGCAAGGAGCCAGACAGUACCGUCACACUCAAAGACUGUCUUGAUGCUAGACUGCUCUCUGUCCUAUCACGUAAACUCAAUUUCAGUAUUGAGGUUAGUGAGCCGCCUCAACGUAUCUGGGGAUCGCAAGAGAACGGCAAGUUCAGCGGAAUGUUGGGUCUACUCCAGCGAGAGGAGGCAGACAUCGGUGUUCCCAUUAGUCCACAAGCAGAGCGAAUGAGUGUCAUGAAGUUUAUCAGUGCUUAUGAGAGUGAUGUCUUGAGCAUAGUGUCACUGAAGCCCCCGUUACUACCACAACACCUGUCGCUUAUAAGACCCUUUACAGGUAGGAGUAAUAAGUUUGUUUCUAAAGGUGAAACUGAGUGGUGCUGUGUACGAGAUGGUGAAAUAGAUAACACAUUAGGAACGGUGCGGAUUUGAGGCUGUGUGGGACCAAAAAUCCUAUUAAGGGUUUUGCCUAUAUGAGUAUCUGUAAAUCUCUUAUGGAAACCAUUGAUAAAGAGUAAUUCCUUUAAUUU